CCUGCGAGGUAUCCGGAGAUCUUUUCCAGACCCACAGGCAGGUCGCAAGCUCCUCAGUAGACCGGCGGGGAACCGUGGCGAAAGUGCGUCUACACAGCGCCACGGGACCACGUUUACCCUGGCGGACGCCGUCGCUGCUGCUGCCGCCGCUGCCACAGCCUUUGCCGCCACGGUCUCGCCGCCGCUGUUCCUGUACCGCCUCCAGGAGCCCCCCCCAUUGUCCCGGCGGCACCGGGGUCCCAGGCCAGAAGAUCCAAAAGCUCGGGAAACGCGAGGGUGCUUACGGAAUUGCGACGCUGGGGCACCGGCGGGACCAGGAGUGGCAGGGGUCAGCGCGGGAAGCCGGGGAAGCCGGGCCAGAGCGUGCGGGGCAGGAGCCGGGGUGGCUAGCUUCACGUCCGGGAGUUCGGGUUUCCCCUUCUCGGCCCGCCUUUCCUCGCCGGCCUCCCCACGCGGGGUCGGAGCCCCGGCGGGCGCCCCCGGCGAUGAGCCCGGACUGGAGGUGGCCGAUGUGACAGCAUGGGGGUGGACUUUGAUGUGAAGACCUUCUGCCACAACUUGCGGGCAACUAAGCCACCAUAUGAGUGUCCUGUGGAGACUUGCCGCAAGGUUUACAAGAGUUACAGUGGUAUCGAGUACCACCUGUACCACUAUGACCACGACAGCUCACCACCCCCACAGCAGACCCCGCUGCGCAAGCACAAAAAGAAAGGGCGCCAGUCACGACCUGCCAACAAGCAGUCACCCAGCCCCUCUGAGGUCUCACAGUCACCAGGCCGAGAGGUGAUGAGCUAUGCUCAGGCCCAGCGCAUGGUAGAAGUGGACCUUCAUGGCCGUGUCCACCGAAUCAGCAUCUUUGACAACUUGGAUGUGGUGUCAGAAGAUGAGGAGGCCCCUGAGGAGGCCCCUGAAAAUGGCAGCAACAAGGAAAACACUGAGACACCUGCAGCUACACCUAAAUCAGGCAAGCAUAAGAACAAGGAGAAACGAAAAGACUCCAACCACCACCAUCACAGUGCUCCUGCCAGUGCUGCUCCCAAACUGCCUGAGGUGGUAUACCGCGAGCUAGAGCAAGAUACCCCUGAUGCGCCGCCCCGGCCCACGUCCUACUACCGGUACAUCGAGAAAUCUGCAGAGGAGCUGGAUGAAGAAGUGGAGUAUGACAUGGAUGAAGAGGACUAUAUCUGGUUGGAUAUCAUGAAUGAGCGGAGGAAGACUGAGGGUGUAAGUCCCAUCCCACAAGAGAUCUUUGAGUACUUAAUGGACCGGUUGGAGAAAGAGUCGUACUUUGAGAGUCACAAUAAAGGUGACCCCAAUGCACUAGUGGAUGAAGAUGCCGUGUGCUGUAUCUGCAAUGAUGGCGAGUGCCAGAACAGCAAUGUCAUCCUCUUCUGUGACAUGUGCAACUUGGCUGUGCACCAGGAGUGCUACGGUGUCCCCUAUAUCCCUGAAGGCCAGUGGCUGUGCCGCCGUUGCCUGCAGUCACCUUCUCGUGCAGUGGAUUGUGCUCUGUGCCCCAAUAAGGGCGGUGCCUUCAAGCAGACAGAUGAUGGCCGCUGGGCCCACGUGGUGUGUGCCUUGUGGAUCCCUGAGGUCUGCUUUGCCAACACAGUCUUCCUAGAACCUAUUGACAGCAUUGAGCACAUCCCACCAGCUCGGUGGAAGCUCACCUGCUACAUUUGUAAACAGCGGGGCUCUGGAGCCUGCAUCCAGUGCCAUAAGGCCAAUUGCUACACAGCCUUCCAUGUGACAUGUGCCCAACAGGCUGGCCUUUACAUGAAGAUGGAACCUGUGCGGGAGACAGGUGCCAAUGGCACCUCCUUUAGCGUCCGCAAGACAGCCUACUGUGACAUCCACACACCCCCAGGUUCUGCUCGUCGCCUGCCUGCCUUAUCCCACAGUGAGGGUGAGGAAGAAGAGGAUGAAGAAGAAGAUGAGGGUAAGAGCUGGAGCUCAGAAAAGGUCAAGAAGGCCAAGGCCAAGUCCCGGAUUAAGAUGAAGAAAGCUCGGAAGAUCUUGGCAGAGAAGAGGGCAGCAGCACCUGUAGUGUCCGUGCCCUGUAUCCCGCCACACAGGCUCAGUAAGAUCACCAACCGCCUGACCAUCCAGAGGAAGAGCCAGUUCAUGCAGAGGCUGCACAGCUACUGGACUCUGAAACGACAAUCACGGAAUGGGGUCCCACUACUCAGGCGCCUGCAAACACACCUUCAGUCUCAGAGGAACUGUGAUCAAGUUGGGAGAGAUUCUGAAGAUAAAAACUGGGCCCUCAAAGAACAGCUCAAAUCCUGGCAGAGACUGCGGCAUGACCUGGAGCGAGCUCGGCUGCUGGUGGAGUUGAUCCGCAAGCGAGAGAAACUGAAAAGAGAGACGAUCAAGAUCCAGCAGAUUGCCAUGGAGAUGCAGCUGACCCCUUUCCUCAUCCUCCUCCGAAAAACCUUGGAGCAGCUCCAAGAGAAGGACACAGGCAACAUCUUCAGCGAGCCGGUCCCUCUGUCUGAGGUAACCGAAUUGGACGAAGUACCUGACUACCUAGACCACAUCAAAAAGCCCAUGGACUUUUUCACCAUGAAGCAGAACUUGGAGGCUUACCGCUACUUGAACUUUGAUGAUUUUGAGGAGGACUUCAACCUCAUUGUCAGCAACUGCCUAAAGUAUAAUGCCAAGGACACCAUCUUCUACAGGGCAGCAGUGCGACUCCGUGAGCAGGGUGGUGCUGUGCUCCGUCAAGCCCGGCGCCAGGCAGAAAAAAUGGGCAUUGACUUUGAGACGGGCAUGCAUAUCCCUCACAACCUGGCCGGAGAUGAGGUCUCACACCACACUGAAGAUGUAGAGGAAGAACGGCUAGUCCUGCUGGAGAACCAGAAACACCUGCCAGUAGAAGAACAGCUGAAGUUGUUGCUGGAGCGGCUGGACGAAGUCAAUGCCAGCAAGCAGAGUGUGGGCCGCUCCCGGCGAGCAAAAAUGAUCAAGAAGGAGAUGACAGCAUUGCGGAGGAAGCUUGCUCACCAGCGGGAGACUGGCCGGGAUGGGCCUGAGCGUCAUGGCCCCUCAAGUCGGGGCAAUCUGACACCCCACCCAGCAGCCUGUGACAAGGAUGGACAGACCGACAGUGCCGCAGAAGAGAGCAGCAGCCAGGAAACAAGCAAAGGCCUGGGUCCCAACAUGUCCUCAACCCCCGCACAUGAGGUGGGCAGGAGAACCUCAGUUCUGUUCUCCAAAAAGAACCCGAAGACAGCUGGACCGCCCAAGAGGCCGGGCCGGCCCCCCAAAAACCGGGAGAGCCAGAUGACCCCCAGCCACGGAGGCAGUCCUGUGGGGCCCCCUCAACUCCCCAUCAUGGGCUCCCUGCGUCAGCGCAAGCGGGGUAGGAGCCCCCGGCCCAGUUCAAGCUCAGACAGCGACAGUGAUAAGUCCACAGAAGAUCCCCCAAUGGACUUACCCACCAAUGGCUUCAGCAGUGGGAACCAGCCUGUGAAGAAGAGUUUCUUGGUGUACCGUAAUGACUGCAACCUUCCCCGUAGCAGCUCAGACUCUGAGUCCAGCAGCAGCAGCAGCAGCAGCGCAGCCUCAGACCGGACCAGCACAACUCCUUCAAAACAAGGCCGGGGCAAGCCCUCCUUCUCUCGGGGCACAUUCCCAGAGGACAGCAGUGAAGAUACCUCAGGCACUGAGAAUGAGGCCUACUCCGUGGGCACUGGCCGCGGCGUGGGCCACAGCAUGGUAAGAAAGAGUCUGGGUCGAGGAGCUGGCUGGCUAUCAGAGGAUGAGGACUCCCCGUUGGAUGCUCUGGACCUUGUAUGGGCCAAAUGCCGAGGCUAUCCAUCAUAUCCAGCUCUGAUCAUUGAUCCAAAGAUGCCCCGAGAAGGUAUGUUCCACCAUGGGGUUCCUAUCCCUGUACCACCACUGGAGGUUCUGAAACUUGGGGAACAAAUGACACAGGAAGCCCGAGAGCAUCUCUACCUCGUUCUCUUCUUUGACAACAAACGAACGUGGCAGUGGCUGCCCCGGACUAAACUUGUUCCUCUGGGUGUGAACCAGGAUCUAGACAAAGAGAAGAUGCUGGAGGGCCGCAAGUCCAACAUCCGCAAGUCAGUGCAGAUUGCCUACCACAGGGCUCUGCAGCACCGAAGCAAGGUGCAGGGCGAGCAGAGCAGCGAGACCAGCGAUAGUGACUGAUACUGUCAGAGCCAAGUGGUGCUCUGUGAUGGCUCUCCUUCCCUUUGCUCAUUGUCCUGGAGUGAUGCCGCCCUCUGCACUGAUUAAUUCCUGGUCUUGGGGCCAGUCUCAGGGGAAGUUGGGUAGGGGAGGUCCCUCCUGCCCUGAGUGCAGCUGGACUGUACAAAACACUCCAAGGGCCCAUGGCCACUCAGUGCAAGGAGAGGAGAAGUCCCACAAGUCUGACGAGUUCAAGAACUCAUGGCAUUGUAGGGCAGGGUGGUGGACCACAGUUAGAAUACUGUAAAAAUAGGCCAUACCACCCUUACCUGCUUAUGCUAGGGGAAUCAUAGCUGCCUAGAGGCCUGAGGCCUUGCAGGUGGUAAGGUAAAUGAAUCAGCAUCCUCCCAGCCUAGCCGUGGGGUUGAUGUCUGUCUAGCCUGAAGAGGGAAGGGCACUAGGUGACCCUUCCCCUGCUCUUGUAAAUACUGUAAUUAUUGGAGAAUUUAAAUUAUUCUCAUUUGUAACUGCGUUUCCGGGUCGCGCCAGAGUCAUUUGGUACUAAAAAAAAGAAAAAAAAAAAAAAAGAAUGGAGCUUGUCUCUACUUCCUUUCUUUUUCCCAUAGACUCCCCCCUACCUUUCAAACUGGUUUGUAUUUAUUUCAAAGGAAGAAAAUAUAUUGAUUCUUAGAAAAUAAAGUCUAUUUAGAAUUCUU